UAGCAGAAAAAAAAACCCGCUUCUAUGGCAAUGCCUCACUGAGGCUGCAGCCAAGGCAACAACGACAUCUCCGUUCUCCCUCUCCACUCGCAAUCACGGCUCUCCGAUUUGACUCAGCUAUGGCGAGCUUGACUCGGAGCUCACUAUCUCAACCCGAAACUUUCUCCUUGAUGAAAGUUCCGGGUUUGGAUCCACCUUCAUUUUCAGUUACUAGCGGUCCUUGCUCUUAGUGCAGCUUCUGCUAUCUCUCGCCGUUGAUUUCAUCUAAAUCCUCUAGAUCUGAACCGUUCGUUGCAAUCAACGACAUCGGUCAUGCCAAUCGGUAUAUUGAAAAAGGUUCAAGGCAUGUUGCUGAAAGGGAUGCUUAUGUUAUCUUGCCUGGUAUUUAUCACUGAGUCUUCAGCUAGAUCACUUUUGAACUCUGUUGUUGUACGUGAUCUACCACUACCAGCAAAUCUCCAUGUUUCUCGUGGUGCACCAAUGGCGGCACUGUCACCAUCCAAUCCCCCUUCCUAUGGUCAUUUCAUAAGUACUGAUCAACCCCCUGCAAGUUCACAUUUACCCAUACCAUUCAAGAAGAGGGGCGAAUUGAAACCUCCAAUUUCUGGCCGUAAAGGUAUUUCUCCAAUGUAUUCUACUGCAGCUGCAGUCCCUUCUGCUUUGGCUCAGCCACCGUUGUCCCCUUAUUCUUCCAAUUGUUGUAAACAAGACAUGGUGUUGAAACGAGACAGUAAGAGUUGCCACUGUGUGUAUCCCAUAAAGCUAGAUCUUCUUCUUCUGAAUGUAUCUCAAAAUCCUAAUUGGAAUGUUUUUCUUGAUGAAUUAGCUACACAGCUUGGGUUGCAAAGUAACCAGAUUGAACUGAUAAACUUUUAUGUACUCAGCUUAUCAACAUUAAAUAUAUCGAUGGAUAUUACUCCACAUAAAGGCAUCAGUUUCUCUGCCAAUGAUGCAUCUAAAAUAAAAUCUUCGCUUUUAAUGCAUAAGGUUCAACUUAACCCUGGAUUAGUGGGUGAAUACAAACUUCUCAGUAUAACGUGGUUUGAACCUCCACCUCCUGCUCAAGCUCCCACUUUAGCUGCAUGGCCUGUGAAAGCUCCUAUGUAUCAUUCACCUACAGCUACAUCGUCGAGUUUUUCAAAUACGGGAAGGAAUUCAAAUUUGUUUCUUAUUCUUGGAAUUGCUACUGGCACACUCUUCAUUGCUAUUGUAUCUGUGCUUUUAUUCUGUUUAUGUGUGUUGGUACCGAAGACAAAAACACCUCCCAUAGAAACUGAAAAGCCUAGGACAGAAAGUGUAGUUUCAGCUGUAGGUUCUCUUCCCCACCCAACCACCAGUACACGAUUUAUUGCUUAUGAAGAACUUAAAGAAGCGACAAACAAUUUUGAACCUGCAAGCAUACUUGGAGAAGGAGGGUUUGGUAGGGUUUUUAAAGGUGUCUUAAAUGAUGGUACUUCUGUAGCAAUUAAAAGGCUUACAAAUGGAGGGCAACAGGGUGACAAAGAGUUUUUGGUUGAGGUUGAGAUGCUUAGUAGGUUGCACCAUCGUAACCUUGUGAAACUAGUGGGAUACUAUAGUAAUCGUGACUCAUCACAAAAUCUACUUUGCUAUGAACUUGUCCCUAAUGGAAGUUUGGAAGCCUGGCUUCAUGGUCCCUUGGGAAUAAAUUGUCCUUUGGAUUGGGACACCAGAAUGAAGAUUGCACUUGAUGCAGCAAGAGGACUUUCAUACCUGCAUGAAGACUCACAGCCCUGUGUAAUACAUAGAGACUUCAAGGCAUCCAACAUAUUGCUUGAGAACAACUUUCAUGCUAAGGUUGCAGAUUUUGGACUUGCUAAGCAGGCACCUGAAGGCAAUUGUAAUUAUUUGUCUACUCGUGUCAUGGGCACAUUUGGGUAUGUAGCUCCUGAGUAUGCCAUGACUGGACACCUACUUGUUAAAAGUGAUGUUUAUAGCUAUGGGGUUGUCUUGCUGGAACUGCUUACUGGAAGGAAACCUGUGGAUAUGUCACAAUCAACUGGACAAGAGAACCUUGCUACUUGGGCUAGGCCAAUCCUUAGAGAUAAGGACCGGUUGGACGAGAUUGCUGAUCCAAGACUUGGGGGAAAGUAUCCAAAGGAAGAUUUUGUACGAGUUUGCACAAUUGCUGCAGCCUGUGUUGCUCCUGAAGCAAGCCAACGACCCACAAUGGGCGAAGUAGUACAAUCACUUAAGAUGGUGCAGCGCAUCACAGAAUAUCAAGAUUCUGUGUUAGCCUCAUCCAAUACACGGGCCAACCUGAGACAGUCCUCUAGCACUUUUGAGUUUGAUGGAACAUCUUCGAUGUUCUCUUCAGGUCAUUACUCCGGUCUAAGUGGCUUUGACAAUGACAACAUUUCUAGGACGGUGAUUUACUCUGAAGAUCUUCAUGAAGGACGAUAAAUACGAGAAAACUCAAGCCAUACAUGAAACAAAAGUUUUUAACCUCAUCAUUUUGAGCACUUUCAAUCCUACAGCUCAAGGUUGAACCAUGAGCCGUGGAAUUUUCCAAAUUGAUUGAAGCUUUUUGUUUGUUAGUUGUGGUGAUUGGGAGGAUGAUUUGGUUGUGAUAAGUAAUAGUUAGUUUAGUUAGCAGAUUAGUUAGUUAAAGAUGAGUUGGGUGAUAUACCAUAUGUAAAUAGAACAAAAUUAGCCAAAUGGCUUACUAG